ACACAAUCAGUGUUUUUGAAAAUAUAGGCGACUGCAAUGACCGUUUCUUAAAACCAUCCGAACAAUGGAUGGGAAGUGUCCACGCGGCUUUUUUGAGACAUUAUUUACUUGUUAGGCCAAACGUUUUAUAAACAGGGAUAGUCUAUUAUUUGGGUAACAAUGAGAGAAAACUUAAGGGAGGAGGUAGUUUAGAUUGUCAUAGAAACAAUGCAACUUUAUUUUCAAAGUCAUCAAUAAAAAAAUCAAACAGCAUCAGUUUUUAGAAACACCUACCGGAUAAGUGCAGGAGAUCCACAAAAGAGCUUCGUUUCCAAUUAAUGGGCAAUAGACGGACCUAUGGGACAAACCGCGAGGACCCUGUGAGGGGCUAUGCGGACACCGCUAUGGAGUUUCCCAGACUGCUUGCCCUGCUGUUGAUGGUGUUGGAAUGGACCCGACCAGGCCUACCUUCCCCACUGAGGCCCAUCUGUGACCUGAGGGUCCUGAACCAUUUCAUCAAGGAAGCACGAGACGCAGAAGUCGCUAUGAAGUCCUGUAGAGAAGGAUGCGGCCUGUCAGAGUCAGUUACUGUGCCCCAAACCACAGUUGACUUUGAAAUCUGGGAGAAGAAAAAUGGAUCGGAGCAAGCCCAAGAGGUGCAGUCUGGGUUAUAUCUCUUACAACAGGCCCUCAGCUUGCUACGGGCCUCAGUCACCGCCACAGCGCUGCACAGCCACAUAGAUAACUCUCUCAGAAACCUGCUCAGCAUCAAUGCUGUGCUGCGUAGCCUCAACAUCCAGGAAUAUACCCCACCACCAAGUGCAGCAGAGCUGGAGGGAACAUGGCAGGUGUCCACGGCAACAGAUUUGCUUCAAGUCCAUGUCAACUUUCUGCGAGGCAAAGUGCAUCUCCUUCUAUUGGAUGCACAGGCUUGUCAGCAAGAUGUCAGCUGAUCACCCGACUCUAGAUGAAGCUGAUUUGCGUUUCUGAAGGCAAGAGAAGGAACACUGUUGACCGGCACGCUGACUGCUGGAAGCAGUGCGGACAGAGAGAAAGAUGCAGCCAUCCUCACCAACGGGGAUGAAGUGGGAAGGAGAGGACGGUCCCGGCUAAGCUUUGGAUGGACAGGAGAUGAUUGCACCUUGGGAUGUAAAUGUGAAACAUGGGACGAUUGUGAAGCACAUACUGACCACAAUGAGGCCUCUGCGAAGCACUGCUCCAAAAGCUGUUCUUUUGGCACUCUCUUGCACUUGUGUGUGUCUGUACUUGUGUGUGUGUGUGAGAGACUGCAAGUUUAAAUCUAUACACAGUGACAGUCACCUCUUUAGAGUGAAUUGUGAAGUAAAACACAGAAAAUAUUGAUUGCACCUGGAAAUUUGGAGGUCUGUGAGUUCGCAGCAGGGCAUCCAUUUCCAAUAGCACUGC